CUCUAGCGUCUUGUUAGCUAACUGGUGUAACUUCGUCGGUCACGUGACCCGCCUCGGUUUGGCGAAAAGGAACUGUAGCGUCACUUACUUGUCAUUCACUAUUUGCCUGGAGAGUCACCCACCGUUAGAUUCAUUAAAUGCGUCUACACAUGUCACUGAACGGCGAAAGUAAAGAACUGUGAAGAUGGAUGGCAACCAUGCCCACUGUAUGAGUUGUGUUAACCAGAGAUGCAUGGCCAGACCUCAGUCAGGCGUCUCCUGUGAUCUGAUCACCUGUCCACUGGUGUGUGGUGCCGUCUUUCACGCCUGCAAAGCCGAGGAGCACCACCUCCUGUGCCCCCUUUUGAGGGUCCCCUGCCUUAAUAGAGCCUAUGGCUGCCCUGCCACUCUGGUUCGCCAACAAAUGUAUGCACACCUGGAAGUGUGUCCUGCCGGGGUGGUGUGCUGCACCAUGGAGUGGAACAGGUGGCCCGUUAGCUGCAUGGACUACUCCUCGUAUGAGAGCUUGAGUCGCGGCGUAGAGGAGGUUGAGCAGCUGGACAUGGCACUCGCUCUCCAGGACCAGCGGACCCUUCUGGAGUCCCUCAAGUUGAUUGCCGUUGCACCCACUGUCGAAAGGGAGUCGCUGAGUCCGGCGAGUAAGGUUGCCAAGGUAACAGAGCCGACUGUCCCGGAAGCUUUUAUCGAGUUCCCAUCUGAGUCUUCAUCCUCGCAUCCGACAAAAGCGGCGUCUGCAAGAGAGAGGAUCGCCAAUGGAAUUAAUGGACUGAACGAGCAGCACUUCACCAAACUGUACGAGGCCACCUUGGAUACGGCGAGGAGCUUAGCCACCACUUUGGAGUUGGUCAACAGUGCGAGCAAUCCUAAUAGCGGCACUGAAGGCACGAGAGCAGAGGCGGCUCUCCAGGCGAGUAGACUGGGCCGCCUUGUGCAGCGUGGACUGAGCACAAAUGGGUCUCAAGAAGAACCCUAUCCAAAUAAUUCACUAACUAAUGACUGCUUAGAGAUAGUUGCCGCUCGGGAUGAAAUGGUACCUCCCGUGCACAUCAGCAAGGGUUUGGCACAGAGGGCUGGGCAUGUGGUGCUCCAAGAAAGGGGGCUGGUCCGACAAAACCAUAAGCCUGAGUGGAUGCUGCAGAGCUGUCAAAGUUUUAGGGGCCAAGACAAGUCUCUGUGCCGAUCGCAAGCCAAGAUGGAGGACAAAAAUGUGGACACCUCAGAUCUGGAACAGGGUGAUGACCCUAUGGGAAUCGGAGAAAUGGAUCUCAUCACUGCAGCGCUCAUCUUCUGCCUGGAAGAGUCCAGAGAAUGUAGGAGGAUCUCAGAUACCAUCCGCGUCGAGGGCGGACGCAUCAACUUCGGCACGCAGACCUUCUCUUUCCCGGCAGCCGUCCUGGUGACCAACACGAUGGUCGGCGACAUGGCCUCUGCGUCUGCCUGCGACCACGCCGCCCCCCAGCUCUCCUAUCCCAGCCCCUUCCGCACCCUCCGCCUUGGUCUCGUUUUGGAAGCCCAGGAGGUCGAGGCGGUCCCGCAUAACUACUACCUCCAGAAUAACGGCCGCUACCAGCACAUGUUCCCCUUUGUCUGUGCUCAGCCUUUCCGUCGCGAUGAGUUCUCCUCGCAUUUCACAAACGUCCAUGGUGAUAUUCACGCUGGUUUGAAUGGAUGGAUGGAGCACCGGUGCCCCCUCGCUUUUUACGGUUGCACCUUCUCCCAGCGGAGGUUUUACCCCUCUUGUCCAGAGGCCAAGGUGGUCCACGACAGGCACCUCAGGUCCUUUGGCGUCCAGCCAUGCCCUGCUUUAAAACCCACAGGCGAUUCCCAGUCUGACCAGUUCAGCGGAUUACCCAAUGAGAUACUGUGGCACAUAGCCGGCUUCUUGGACAGCUUCAGUCUGUGCCAGCUGUCUUUGGUAUCACGGACAAUGAGGGACGUUUGCGCCAGUCUCCUCCAGACCAGAGGCAUCGUGGAGCUGCAGUGGGAACGGAGGCAGUGUUCCAGUGGACACAGGACAGUAUCAUGGCAGAUUAAACACAAAGUGUGGAGGUUCAGCACCGCUUUCAGCCCGGUGCUGAAAUGGGGCUUCGCCAACCUCCCCAGCAUGUCAGACCACCUAAAGAAGUGCCAGUACAACACGGCGGAGCACAGGACCGAGCCCGUGCCCCUUCCCGCCAUGUGUCCCGAGCAGGAGGGCUUCUCUCUGCGUCGCACCCUGCGCCAUUUCAGCACUUGACCACACCCCUGGGGAGUGGGGACCAGACUGAUCACAAGCCAUUAAUGGGAAAUUGUACAAUAUCACCGAACCUGCAAUGCUGUCUCCAACAAUAGAAAGUUAUGUUGUAAUACACUCCACAAGCAUGGCCACACAUGCAACACAAGUCAGCUAAAUGGAAUACUGUGAUGUGUGAUGAAUGUUAAAAACAAUUUCUCAUAAUACACUGUUGCCUUAAUAUUGCUAACGCCUGUUAUUAUUAUU